AAUUAUAUUUCGUUCGUUUCAUUCUUCAGAUAUUACAUUUACCAGGUAGUCCUUUAAACCUACAGGCGACUUUUGCACUAUAUUAAGAGACAGUCAAUUGACUAUUGAACUGAUUUUUAGUUCAUUCAUUCAUUUCCCUACCCUUCCCGUUCGUUCCACCCUCAUAGUUGCUCAUUCUUUUUUCGUGCACGGCGACGAGCGCACGCGCCCUUUAGCUUCUCGGCUACGACAUUAUUACCUACAGAAAUGUCGAAGCGCACAGCUAAAGACAAGUUAAAAUAUUACCGUGAAAAAAUUAAACGUCUUGAAGAUCAUAAAAGACGAUACCGGAUAAUUUAUGAUUCGUCUUCAUCGGAAGAUGAAGAGGUUGUAAUGGAACAAAAUGUAGAUGGUUCCAUACCGGCUCAUGAUCCUAUUAUACAGGAACCACAACCAAACAUCGAUCCCGUAAUACCGGAACAUAAUAGUGAUGUGCCGAUGCCGGACCAUAAUAACGGGGUUCCUGUACCUGAAAAUCAGGCAGAAUUGCCCAUGUCGUCAGCUCAAUCCGAGCUCGACCCGGAUAUGCUGCUGGCUCUCGGGGAAUCGACCGAGGAUACCCCCGAGUAUGCCGAAAAAAUCCACGAUAAUUUAUCCAAACUUUGGUUACCGUUACUCAAAAAAAAGGUAUGA